CGGCCCUCGGUGCGGCCCUCCCCCGUCUUCCCGACCCCGCAUCCCUCCGGCCCCAGGAUGGGUGCGCAUGUCUCGGGCUGGCCCCGGGCCCGGGCCGGGCUCCUGCUGCUGCUGCCGCUGCUGCUCGGGCUGCUGGCCCCCGGAGCGCAGGGGGCGCGGGGCCGCGGCGGCCCCGAGAAGACCAGCUACCGCCGCACCGUCAACACCUUCUCGCAGAGCGUCAGCAGCCUGUUCGGCGAGGACAACGUGCGCGCUGCUCAGAAGUUCCUGACCAGGCUGACCGAGAGGUUCGUGCUGGGCGUGGACAUGUUUCUGGAGACGCUGUGGAAAGUGUGGACAGAGAUCUUGGACGUUCUUGGACUCGACGUCUCGAACAUGUCGCAGUACUUCAGCCCCGCUUCGGUGGCUAGCAGCCCUGCCCGGGCUCUCAUGCUGGUGGGCGUCAUCGUCCUGGCCUACUGGUUCUUGUCCCUGACCUUGGGCUUCACCUUCAGCCUCCUGCACGUGGUGUUCGGCCGCUUCUUCUGGGUCGUGCGGGUCGUCCUGUUCUCCAUGUCCUGCGUGUACAUCCUGCACAAGCACCAGGGGGAGCCGGAGAACGCGGCCCUGCCCCUGUGCUUCGUGGUGGCGGUGUACUUCAUGACCGGGCCCAUGGGCUGGUACUGGCGGGGCGGCCCCAGCGGCCCCAGCGUGGAGGAGAAGCUGGAGCACCUGGAGAACCAGGUGCGCCUCCUCAACAUCCGCCUCAACCGCGUGCUGGAGAGUCUGGACCGCGCCAACGGCAAGUGACAAUCAGCCGGCCGGCCGGGGCCCGCCGCGCCUGCGCCCGCCCUCAGAAAGCAGAAGAGGAGGAGGAAAAAAACCACAGCCAGCCCCAAACAGUCUUAAUAAACGCUCCUGAGCACGAGGGCGGCGCUCUGUGGGUGUUUCCGGCCACGGGCGGACUCUUAGGACUCGUCCCUCGCGGGAGGCCCGGCUCGUUGAAGUAGGACUGCCCGCCGGGCGUCCCUAGUGGAGGGAAUAUUUUUUAAACAAAGGAUAGAACCAUAUUAGCUGUACAGUAAGAGAAGUCUAUCUGCAUAGAGCCUAACGUUAAUUUUUUCAAGCAUUUAAAUACAUCUUUUGUAAGGUUUUUUAAUAAAGGCAGAUCUGGGUCAAGUUUCUUAAAACUGUACGUGGAGGGGGAAAAAUAUACUAAUUCGAAAAGGGAAGGGAUUGGGUGAGGUCCCUGUGCGUGGUUUCCAUGUUCCUACCAGGUGAGCUUUGUUUUACGUUCUUUGGGGUUGAUGUUGACCGAGGUGAUCAGCGUUGUCGCUUUUGAAACGCAGACAGUCGGGCGUGAGGAUGAAACGAAACGCCUCUUGGAUCGUGGGGACCCCAGCCAAGCGCCCAUCAAUUCUGUUUCUCAGUGAAGAAAUCAUCAUUUGUAGAAAACCUGAGUUUUUUUUUCUUCUCCCCCUUCUGAACUCGGAUGAAAAACUCAAGCACUGGGGGGAAAAGGUCUCCCGUGUCGAGAGGUCCCUGGGUGGGUGCCCAGGCCCACUCGGGAAUCUCGGGGACCCUCGCCUUGCCUUUGCCAGCGAGGCCUGCACAGGACAGGUCUGCUCUCCAGGGGGGUUUGUUUCUUUGUUGCAUUGUGGUUUCCGUUGACUCGGGACCUUAGCGGGAAAACAAACCGUAGCAGCUAAUAACGUUUUCCAUUCUCGAGGCUGAUGAGGCAUCUCAGGAACACCAAGCGGCAUAAAUAAGCCUUGGAGAAGAUCCGAGUUGUUUUUCCUGAAAUUUUUACAAGACAGUCGCUCCUCGCUUAUCGCGGUUAAUCAGUUCCAGA